AUGCCACCAGUGCCAGGGUCGGAGGAUGAGGCGGGCGAAUCGCCGUCUCUCUUUGUCGCCCGCGUCAAUAUGCCUCACGAUGCAGAUGCGAUGGGCAUGAUCCUUGAGCAAGAUCUAGAACGCAUGUCCACGUUACCUUCUCAGGAUCACUACAUUUGGGAUCGUGAGCCCCCCUUGGUACGUGUGACUGACGCACAUACCCUCGAGGUGUCCAUGCGCGUGCAGGACUGCGUGGAUGACGAGUGGUUCCUUACCUACCUGUUGCGCGAGUGGACCAGGUCGCAUUUGGAUGCAUGUGUGAGUGUGACAGAUCAAGACGGUGAGUUUCUGCUCAUCGAGGCAGCAGAUGUUUUGCCAUCAUGGGCUCAGCCAGACACCACCGAAAAUCGCGUCUGGAUAUACCAAGGCGAAUUGCAUCUCGUGCCAUUAGAUGCUUCAAACUCUAUACCCCUGUCGGUGAACCAGGCUACAUGCCUCGUCCGCGAUCCCACAUGCAAGACACAGGCACCCACCGCCGUACAAGACAAGGUUUUUGCGCGCCUUGCCGCAUACCCAGGAGCGGCCAGUACGCAUCACCACACUACGCUCGCUUUUGUCUCACUUGGUGCCGCUCGGAUAUUGGCUAGCUACCCCCAAAGUGUAGCCGAGGCCGUGCAUGCACUAACGACGCGGGACGUUGUUAGCAUGCGAAGCACUAAGCGGUAUGCAUCAUACCUGCAUAUUGACGCGUGUGCUGAUGAACACCUCGCACCCAUGCCACCAGCGGUAGAUGCCGUGCUUGUGCGAGUCAGAUGCACACGGCAUUUGUAUGCUCGUAUGUCUUUUGACAAAUUCUUCCCACCGUCCCUACUGGGUCGGCGUUGGCAGCAUCAGGUCGAACAGUACCGCUUAGCUACCAGUGGAAAGACGCAGAAUAUAUCGGAGACGGAUGCCGUGUGGGGCCGAUGGUGCGAUACAGGUGCCAAGCUCACUUGUGGUCUGUCCAUGUGGCUGGAAUCGUUAGGUCAACGGCCCACGCAUCAUCCCGCCGUCUCGUUAGAUCCGUCUCGGCACGAGCAUUUUCUUGCUUCCCUCACUCGGCUUGGCUACUUUGGUGACGAAAUGCGUGAUAGCGCCGAAUGGAAAGCGCGCGAAGCUCAAGCUAUCAAGACCGCCACGCGACUCGCUGCGCCGAUCGAGGCAACGCCUACCACAUCGAUCUCCGAUGUUCUUGCUACUAUUCGUGACCCUGUCUCUAUUCCUACGUUGUCACUCGACGCGCCUGUGUCGACGCUGGUGUCCCACGAAGAUUCUGAUGCUUGGCUGUCGAUGGCGCCAGAAGAUGUCGUGGCAUUAUUGGAGGGUCGUGGACAAGAGGAGGCGGAGGAUGCUACUAUGGACAAGUUCCAGACCUUCAUGAACAAGAUGCAGACGUUUUUGGAGAGUCAAGGGGAUGUCGAAGGUGCGUUGAUGGAGGACGAUGAUCAUGCCUUUGACGAUGGAGACGAGGCUGAGGAAGAUAGCUCGGAUGAGUGGGAUGAGCGCAAAAAUGCGCUCGUCGAUCCGCUCCCUGCGGAGGAAUGGGGUGCGUAUCAGCACGAAAAAAGUAAGGCGCAAUCGCAGUGCUCCUCCGCUCGUCUUGGUGGCCUGUCCAAGGUAGAUCACCUGGAUGGCGAUAGUGACUCCGGUUCAUCCCUCGAGGAUGACGAGGAUGUGCCGGAUAUGACACCAAAGGAGGACGUCCUCCAGGAGCAGGACAUGCACGAUUUUAUCGAAUUCACGCGCCAAACGCUUGGCUUGUCCGAGACCCAGUAUGGCGAGAUUUUGGAAGAGAGGCGAAAGCGCGGAGCAUUUGUGCCCCAGCAGUCUGAUGGACCCCUAGCUUCGUUGGAUGCUGCACUGGAUUCUAUGGAGCGCGAGUUGGCGCAAGCGAAGCGCCAUAGAGCGCCCGAGGCUAUGGACGACGAAGACGAACUCAAUGAAGAAGAGGCGGAAUUGCUUCAACACUUACUCGCAUCGGGCAUGUCGCUUCCCGACAGUCUCAAGCAUUUUUCUUCGGAACAUGAUGUACAUAAAGAUGACGUGGAGAUGCUGGGCGACUUUCUCGAGAGCUUCAAGGCUCAGGGUGGUCGUCCCGGGCCUGUAGGCACAUUGUCGCAGCGGCUUGGCGUAGGUGCUUUGCCACGCGACCAUCCAUAG